CAGUACUUUGCAAAAACAAAUCUCCAAAGCACCGUUACUUUUACAAUCAUUGGAAAGUAUGAAAUAAGCAGAAUUCAAUUCAUUCAGUUGUUUGUGUGAGCGGCGUUGUCAUUGAAUUGCAUCUUCAAUGGCCACGGUCAAGUCAACGAAUACGAUGAAAGCAAAAACAACUUCUGAACCCCAUCAUAUGGAGGAGACCACGAUCAAAUCCAAUUCAAACAGCGUUUCGAACGGUUGUGAUUUUCGUUCAACGUUCAAACGACAUCUAACCACGUGUCUACAACGUUGGCGGCAAAAGCAUUCUUCCAACAAUAAGUCAAGCAAGAAAUCGCCAAUAACUUCAAAUGAACACCAGCAGCAAGAACAGCAAUUAAGUGAAGAAGAAUGCCAUCAUCAAUGCCCGUGCCAACAAAACAGUGAUAAAUGGUUUAAAAGAUAUACACGCAAGGAGUUUUUAAGAUUUCACACCCACUACAGUGCAUCACCAACAUCUAGAGUGGGUUCAUCUUUUAUGCAGCGUACGACGGUGUAUUGUAAAACGCUGAAUACAAAACUAUAUAAAAUUCUAAUACCAAAAGAGCUGCGCCAGCGUCGUCGUACCACAAUUUCAACAAAAGCAACAACACCAGUAUCAACGAUCGCCGACGAGAGAAGAGAAGAAGAGGGCCCUCAUCCACAAGACGAUCGUAAAGUUGAAAUUGUGGCCAAGCUGUUAUCAUCAACUUUGGUAAGAACCAGCAACAUUUCAACUUCAACCUCCUCCCACCUUGGCAGUUAUUUCACAGAACAGGAAAAUUAUUGCAGUCAACGUCGUCGUAACUCAGUCGAUAGUGCCUAUCAUAGUGUUGAAGAAAGUUUCGAGAUCUUUCAAAGCUCGAUAACCUCUUCGACAACAACACUAGCAAGGGACGACAACGACGAGCAGCAUCAGCAGGUGGUGGAAGAGGAGAACGCUAACGAUAUGGUUGUUUCGGAGUUAACUUUUUUGGAAAUACGUGAUGAGUAUCCCGAUUUGGAUUCCGAAAUUCGCAGUAUUCUGACAGCACGUGCUCAGGAUGGUGCUACCAUAUCGGAUAUAAGAGAUGAUUAUCGCAAAUUAACCGGCCUCACAUUUCCAAUUUAUGAGUCGGUUACGGAAUUUCUUCUCACCAUACCAUAUGUCUCGGCCUAUUGCAAUGAGAAUGGUACACGUAUCUUCAAUAUACGACCCAUGGAGAAAACCAAACAUAUUCAUAAUAUGGUUAUGGAACAGAAACCUCAUCAGGAGACCACGAACAAACCGUCGUCUUUUAAUCAUCGACGUUAUCGUGAGCACCAAAGGAAUACAAAUUACUAUCCAAAUAAUUACAGACGUAAUUAUCAAAAUCAGCAACCUCAACAGCCGCAUCAGCAUCAUUUCUAUGAACCAAUUCAGAUAAAAUCCGAUGGGCCACAACAACAGCAACAACAUGUGGUGCCAUCUUCGAAUCAAAUAUUAUCUCAAAAUGCUGUUGUCACCGAAAAUCUGAUGCUGAAAAGUGCCAAUACCGAUAAACUGGUGGUGCAAGAUAAUUCCGAAGGUUUCGUGGAGGACAAUUGGAUCUAUAAUGAUAAUUGUAAUUAUUUACUCAAUCGGAUCCACAGCCAAGAUCCUGUUGCCACCAAUAUCUAUGCCAAUCAAAUGAUGGUACCCAGCAGUGAUAUGUAUAUUGCCGCUGAUGACCAACAACAUCAAAAUUUACAACAAUUCUUUAAUGGAAUACCAACUGGUGGCCAGAGUAAUUUCAAUAUGCAAACAAAUAUUGCCAUGCCUUCAUGUGAAAAUAAUAUGAAUUAUUUAAAUAAUUUAUUUCAAAACCAAGAAUUGCCAAUAAACACACAUAAUAAUAUGAUACUUGGUGGUGAAAAUCCCGGCGGCGGUGGUGAUGGUGGUGUUGGUGCCACAGCAACAAAUCCUCGUCGUUCAUCUUAUGGGACGCAGAAAAGUAUAAUGCCUCGCUCGAGUAGAUCAUCAUCGCCCACCACCAAAAGUUGUUAUACAAACGAUUCCUUGUAUGCCGACAGCGAUUAUGAGGCACAUCUUCUGGAUUUUCUUUUGCUGGGAGAUGAUUUCUUUUUGUACAUGGCCCGCAUGGAGCUUAGGUGUAAAUUCAAAAAACGUCAGAAAGUUUUACAAUCCGGUCUUUGUGUGUCGGGCCAAACAAUUGGUGCUGCCAUUAAACGUGUCAUUGGCCUUCAAGACAAUGGUCGUUCGAUUAUUCUGAAUAUCGGUUCAGUUAACAUAAUGCAGGGACGUCAAUUGAUACAAAUCGAACAUGAAUACCGGGAAUUACUUACUAUAAUGCUGAAAAAAGGUAUACAACCGAUUCUAACCACAUUGGCGCCCUUGGCCAACUAUACACAUGAUAUGGAAAUGAAACGUACACUGGAACGUUUCAAUAAAUUCAUUAAAUCUGAAGCGGAACGCAAUAAUUUAAUAGUCAUUGAUAUCUGGAAGUGUUUGGUGAAUGAUAAAGGUGUCGUGAGGUUCGAUUGCUAUCAGAACGAACCCCGAAAUGUCACCGGAGCUUCGGAGCCAUAUGUAUUCUGGAAUAACAUUGGUCGCCAGCGUGUAUUGCGAUUAAUAGAAUCUCAGUUGGAAUAUUGAAAUCAUAUGUGAUAAAGCUGCUUUUAAAACUCCCAAUAUUUUAAGCUCUAAACGAAAAUCAAUCUGCCACGGAACGCUGUUUUAACUUAAGAAAAAAAUUUUCAAAAUUUUUGUAAUGUUUAUGUUAUUUUAUGUAUGUUCCUAUAUCUAUGUUUAAAUGUUUGUUGUGUUUUUGUGUAUUUUUAUGUUAUAUGUUCGUCAUAAAAAAGAAAAACAUUGUGCCUAAUGUAAGGAAAAUUCCACCAAUAGAACUAAGCUUAGUUAAACACAAAUAGAAAAAUUCUUAGAAUUAAGUUAGGUCCCCCUCCAUCAUAUCUUCUCUUCAAAUUUCCUAACAAAAGCUGGUAUUUUGUUAAGUGAGGAGUAAAGUAAGAGAUUUCUUGAAAUUUUCCAAUGACUUUUUGAGGUUAAGAAAAGUCACGCAAAAUUUGAAGAAAUCUUAAUUAAAGAUAUGAUCUUGUUUAGGUCGUUUUGUCCCCCAGUGGCCACUGUUGUAAUUAUUGUCCUUUGUCCCCUCGCAUCAAAGUAAAGUAUUCUUUUGUCUAUUCGUGCACAAAUAUAUAAAAGUCAAUAGGUUUACUUUGAUAUUCCCCCUCUUUUUAUACUAUAAUCUCUACCCCCCCCCCCCAUUUUUUUGUUUUCCUUCCUUAUCAGUGUAUGCUUGCUCAACAGGAUCACUUUGGAAUUUUCUUAAAUCAAUGCCGCGGUUGAUUUUUGUUAAAUCGAAUAAGUUUCAAAAGUUGAUUCUCGCCAAGCAUUUUGUUGCAAGUCUUUCUCUUUGUGGUUUUGUAUGUUUUCUUGUGAUUCCAUGACCCACAACUAAAAUUGCACUUGAAAUAUUGAAAUUAAAUUAUUUCAAUAUUUCAACUGUAAUUUUAAUUAGUUAUAAACAUUUCUGAAUAUUUUCCUUACAUUACCGUACAUAAUCAAUGUUUUGUGUUGUUAAUUGUACAUAACCUAGAAAAAAACAAAGGAGAUAUAAAAAAUUCUAAUAUCCUUGCGCUGGUGCUCAACUUUCAUGUGUGCUUGUAUGUUCCCUGUCCCUGUGUAUGCGUGUAAACUUGUGUCAAACCAUAACAAGCUACCAAAAAAUCAAAAAAAAAAAAUAAAAAUAAAUUAAAUAAAAAAUUAAAACAAACAAAAA